AUGGGUCAUGUGAACCAAGUAGUUCUUUCACUUUAUAUGCUUAAAGAACAAUCAUAUACACUGUACGAGUUGAAAGAAGUUCACAGAGACACCUUGAAGCUCAUAGAAUUCCUAGCGAAGUACCGCGGGUACUUCGGGCUCUUCAUCUCGGGAGACAGAAGAGACUACCGGGUUGGGGCUUCUUCGCGAGAGGCGCGCCGUGACAAUCGGGAACGUAAGAAAGGGCCAGAGUCCGAGCAGCGCAACCUCCAGUUGGAGUUCGUCGACAAGCUCCUCCACCUCGACGACGCCACCCGCGGAAGCGACGCGCCGGCAGUCGAGGGGCUCCUCCAGAGCGCGAGCAGGGCUCUGGAGUCGAUGUCGUCGAAGCGGAACUGGAAGGAGUCGCCGCUGAUCAUGGGGGCGGAGAUGGGCCUGCCCGAGUUCGUGGGAAUGAUCCUGCAGGUGUGCCCGGAGUCGGCGACGUACGUGGACAGCCGCGGCCGGAACGUCCUCCAGGCGGCGAUCGAGAGCGGCAGCCGGGAGAUCGUGGAGAUCAUCCGAAAGAAGACGGCAGGCCACAACCCUGUCCUGCCCUUCUGGCUGCUCUCGCACACCAAGUCGGGGACGAGGAAGACCAUCCUGCAUUUUGCUUCGGAGAGGACUCCUCCCGAUACGGACGACGCCGUGCAGUUGCAAGACGAACUCCUUUUUUUUGAGUCGGUGAAAGACAUGGUGCCGAAGGAGCUGGUGUACAGUCGGAACGAGGAGGAGAUGACGGCGCAAGAGGUGUUCAGCGAGAGACACAAGGAGAUGUUCCAGAGCUGCAAGAACCAGCUGAUGGAGAUGGGGAAGACCUGCUCGGGGCUGCUGGCCGCGGUGGUGUUCGCGUCGAGCUUCUCGAUCCCCGGCGAGAAGGACGAGAAAACAGGGAAUCCGGUCUACAUGGGCAGGCUGCCCUUCAAGAUCUUCUCCCACACCUACGUCAUCGGCCUCUCCUGCGCCACCACCUCGCUGGUGCUCUUCCUCUCCCUCCUUUUCGUGCCCUACAAGGAGCAGCAGUUCCGGCGGGCCAUUCCGACCAAGUACUUCUUGGCCUGCUUGUCCUUCGUCAUGGCGCUCCUGGCGCUGCUCGUCUCCUUCACCUGCAACAUCUUCCUGCAGAUUUACGGCGGGCAGAGGACGGAGUCCGACGAUCUGAUUCCGCUCGUACUGGAACUCACUGUCUUCCCUGCCCUCUGCUUGAUGGUGCUGUAUUACAGGGGAGCAACCGUUUGGCCGGCGUUCAGGCGUAUUUGGAAGUAG